GGGGGGCUGUUUUGUAGUGCUUUGGAGGCUUUUAUAGAGACAAGAUGCCCAGUGACUUCUAGAGAUGGACUUAGGCAGGAAGAAUCUCCAAUCCAGCACACGCACAUCUUGUUUUUUCCACCAAAACCAGGAUUUCUCAUUCCCAGCUUUAGCCAGAUGGAGGAGGAGACUGCGUGGAAGAUGCCCUGGGACACCCAGGCAGGGAAUGAGCUGCACACAGAGACCAGGGUAGACAAAUCCUCAUAUCACAACCUCGUGGAAGAGGCCGUUUUAAGCAGCUCCAAAGCACAGGAAGUCAACAAGGACAAAAAGCCCCAGAGAUCCCCCAUGAGGCAUGCUUGCAAACCCGGCACAGGGAGCUUUCAGGAGAAAAGACCCACCCUGUGCCAGGAAGACAGCCAGAGCUUCAGCCAGAGCUCUGACCUGGUGAUCCAUGAGCAGUUUCAUGACAGGGAGAAGCCCUACAAAUGCUUGGAAUGUGGGAAAAGCUUCAGCUGGAGCUCCCACCUGAUCCGCCACCAGAAGAUACACACCGGGGAACGGCCCUACACAUGUGGGGAAUGUCGGAAGAGCUUCAGCCAGACCUCCGAUCUGGUGGUCCACCAGCGCCUUCACACAGGGGAACGCCCCUACAAGUGCUUGGAAUGUAGAAAGAGCUUCAGCAAGAGGUCCAGCCUCACUUACCACCUGCGCUUCCACACCGGGGAACGGCCACACAUUUGCUUGGAAUGUGGGAAGGGCUUUAUCCAGAGCUCCCACCUCAUCAGCCACUGCCGGCUGCACACAGGGGAACGGCCAUAUAACUGCUUGGAAUGUGGGAAGAGCUUUAACCGCAGCUUCAGCCUUGUCAUCCACCAGCGUGUCCACACUGGGGAACGGCCCUAUGAGUGUCACGAGUGUGGGAAGCGGUUUCAGACCAGCUCUGAUCUCCUCAUGCAUCAGCGGAUGCACACGGAGGAGAAGCCUUUCCAUUGCACUGAUUGUGGGAAGGGCUUCAUCCGUAGCCCUGACCUAGUCAAGCAUUGGCGUGUCCACACUGGGGAGAGGCCCUACAGGUGCUCCAAGUGUGGGAAGAGCUUCACCCAGAGUUCUGCCUUGACCUCACACCAACGGACCCACUGGUAAGAGAAGCCCUACAAGUGCCCCAACUGCAGGAAAAGCAUUGGAGGAUCCAUGUUGGGCAGAGGCCUGGUGACCCAUGUUCCUGAUGAUCCACAUUGGAAGACACCUGGCUUGUGGUCUCCACAUCCUCCUGAUUCCCCAUAGGCACCUCAAUGAACACAGGGCAGAAACAGUCUUUGGGACACAGACUGAUGUUGGAAAUUCAUUGGGAAGAGCGGAUUUGUUGACUUUAGACACCAAAAAAUCUCACCUGCUCUGUCCAAUCAUUUCUUCCUCUGGCAUCAAACAACACUGGAUGAUCUUCAAGGUCUUUUCCAACCUAAAUAAUUCCAUGAUUCUAAUUCUCUUUGGCCCAUGGGUGUCUUGCACAGCCAAAUGGUGAUGGACUGGAGCAAAGACCAAAAUUUUGAAGACAGUGGGGUGGAGAGUCCUCUAAAGAAGCCCCUUCCACCCUCCCAAGCCAACCCCAUGGACACUCACAUGAUGCUGACAUGUAAAUAUUAUUUUGGCCUUCAUUUUCUUUUGAUUCCUGUUUAUCCCUUAAAAACACCCAAGGCUGGGAUAAGGAAAUUGAAUAAAACCUCUAAACCCCCA